AUAACCUCUCCAAUUUCUCACCCUUUCUUCUCUCCAUGGGAGAUUUCGGUCUCCCCAUUGAACACAAUAUAAAGUUGUAUCCACCACCCCUUAAUUUCUUCCAUUCCUCUGGGUCUUUUGUCCGUGUGAGCAAGUCAAGAAAAAACCUUGAUCAUGUCACAUUAAACCCAUGAUAAUUCUUCCAUCCUGUCUCUCUCUCCCUCUCAAAAAUUUUCUCGGUUUUCGCAAAGAAAUCAAGAAAACCAAGCGGUUUUCGAACAAUUGAUUGAAAUCCCUUUUUGUUCUUUAGUCCCGUGUUAGAUGUGAUCUGGUUACGUCGAGCCCAAAAUAUUUGCCGAGAUUUCAUUCCUUCCUUUCCCUUAAAAGUAAUUCCUGUGGGUGUUCUCUUUGCAAAGAAUUCAAGAAAAUCAAGGGGAUUUCUGGGCAAUCCUUGUACCCUGGAAAACCCUCUUGUUCUUAGCAUUUCCGUAUAUAGAUUUGGCUUUCUGGGUUGUCCCUAUUUGCAAAGAAAGAACAAUCCUUGUACAGAACAAGAACCAACAAGAUAGAUCAAGAUGCCUACGUGGGUGUUGUCUUUGUAAAGGAAUUCGAGAAAAUCAAGGUAUUUCCGACAAUUCUUGUACCCUUGAAAACUCUUUUCGCUAUUGGUCAUUUGAAAGCCCUUUUGGUAUUUAAAUUAGAAACAACAAGAUAUAGAUCAAGAUGCCUCUAUGGAAGAAGGCAGCCAAGUGCAACCGAAUCUCCAAACUGGUAUCAGACCACAUCCACUCGCCCCACAAGCGCGGCGGAUCCCUGGUGGUCGAGACCGGCUUUCCCACGUCCCUCGUAGAUCUCUUUGUUAAGAACCGCGACCGCCUGAAAAAACCCUCCAAAAAGAAGAAGAAAUCCAACCAGGAAUCGAUUCCUAUGCCCAACUCUCCCUCUGUUUCGCCGGUUUCUGAGAAUUCUGAAUUGGGUCUGCCGAGUGUUCGCGUUAAUCUGGCCUCAGAGAAAGUUAAUUUGGUUUCAUCGGAUCGGUUUGGCAAUGAAAUUGUUGAGAUUGAGGAGAGGGGUUUGGUGGUUGAUGGUGGAGGUGGAGGUGGAGGUGGCGGUGAAGUUGCGGCGGCAAAUAGCAUUUUGGUGGCGAUUUUGAAGACUUUUUUGGUGGUGAUAUUGGCAUUGGGGACAAAGCAGUUUGUGGUUGGGAUUACAAUGUCUGCUUUCUUGCUGCUUUUCAUGGAGUAUGCGGGGAAGCAUUUGGGCUGGUUGCUUAAGCCAAGUUUGGAUUCGCAAUUGGUUGAAAGGGUUGUGUGCCUUUUUGGAAUCAAAGGGGCCAAAUUGGUAAUUAAGGAAGAUAAGGGUUUGAAGGCACCUGUUUCAGAUGAUCGCUUUCAAGAAAUCCAGCUCGUGCCAUCAAAUUCGAAUUUUGGUGGUUCUUGUGUGAUUGAGGGUCAUAAGGCGAAUGAUCCCUUUCAAGAAAUUCAAAUCGAGCAACCUAGUCCCGAUUUGGUUCCUUCAACUAGGGGGAUUCAAAGCGUGGGAUACGAGUUUGGCAAGGAAAAUUGGCUACAUGGAGAAAUUGGUGAGAAAAAGGAAGUUAUGGAGAAAGACGGGGCAUCCAAUUGUGAUUUUCUGGAUCUUAAAUGCCAAAAGAGUCAGAAAGAAAAGGUCAAGAGGAAGGAAGUUAAGGAGAACGAUAAGGUGAGUACAAGUGAUGUUGUGGAUCUUAAAAGCCACAGAAGUCGUAGUGGUAAGAUAAGGUCGAAAAUCAAGAAACUCGUUUCAAAUAAGCUUUCUGGUUCAAAGAAGAAACAGAUGUCAUCGAAAAACGAAGCAUCAAGUCCCACCGGUGACGAUGUAGUUGCGGUUAUGAAUGAAGCAAAAGAACUUUUAGAAGAAGACGAGCAGCUACGUGGAUUGGAAUACGUAUAUGUAUAUGACAACAGAUCAACGUCGUUUUCGAGCAGAGGGAAUCGGGGACUAUUAGAUUUCGUAACAAGUUGCAGUUCCAGUGAACUUUCCCAGGUUGAAAUGGAAGAUACCGUGACGAGGGAGGAAGAUAUUGGACUGAAGACAGAGAGAAAUUCAGGGUAUUUCGCCGUCAUUGCGAUUGUUCUUGUUGGACUUGUAUGGGGUAGGGUUUUCGCACUCGCGUUCACCUUGUCGUGGUAUUUGCUCCUGAAAUCUUCCGGAACGCUUCUACGGAAGUUUAUAAAAGGUUGCCCCGACGAGGUCUCAAUCUCUAGCUAGAACAUUGGGAAGUUCAGUUUUUUUAUACAUGCCUUUCUGUUUCUGGGUCAAUUGAUGGUGUUGUUUGCCUCUGUGAAUUUUUAAGCCUUUGUGUGCAUUAUGAUUUAUGGGUGUUUUACCAUUACAGAAGGUUCAACCUAUGGUUGGCAAUCCAACAUGAAGAGGUGUUAUUUAUGAACAUAGAUAGACAUGUGACAGUUUGUGAUAUUGUUCUCUUCGCCAUUUAAUCGUCUUUGGUGCAGCAGCAGCUAAUGUAUGUAUGUCCCACUUUAUAUUAUUCCAAGAAAUCCUCGACAUUUUGUCCCAA